AUGCAGGCCACUUCAGUGGUGGAGAUUGGUUCUAGUAAAGGAAACCUCAGUAAUGGAAAAAACCUCCAGAAAUAUGAACCUUCUAAUAGUAAGAAAGAAAAUUUAUUCUCUUCCAAUCAUUGUAAUGAGACCAGAAUAAAUUUGCUUGGUGAGUGGAAUCCCUUGGCACCCAAACGAAGUGCUAAUAACCAAAAAAUCAACAGAAUUGACAAAACAGAUUUGUUAGAGCCAUCUUUUACUAUGGAUCCAGAUACUAACACAAGAAGUACUCACUCGCAGUCAGAUGAGUUUGAAGACAGUAUUGACUAUGCUUUCUUGAAUGAAACAUAUUCUAUAGUUUACUCAGAGUCAGAAUUAAAGAAUGAAAGUGUUACUCACUUAAAUUCAGAAAUAGAGUCUGAAAUGCAGAAAAAAGAGGAAAUUGUUUUGGAUAUUUUGGAACCGCAAGGUAAUAAGACUUUUGGCUUGGAAAAUAUUUCAAAUGAUUUUAAAGAAAUUGCCGAAGAUGUGCAAAACAUUGAUAUAGAUGAAGACUCACAGCAGGAAUAUCAUAGUGCAGAAGAACAAGAAUAUAUAAGUAACCAGUUAUCCUUUGACCAAGCAGAAACAUUAAAUGUAGCUAAUCUGAAAGUUGUUGAAUUACAAAAUGCUGGGCAUGCUAUUAAAUGUACUAGCAACCCAGAAGAUAAGCAUAAAUCAGAAAGUAGUUCCAUCAUCUCUUUAGAUUCCAUUGAUGUUUCUGAACAAAAAUAUUUAUCUCCUGUCUCCACAUUACAGAAUUCUGUUAUGUUAAGAGAAUAUCAUGAUUCAGAGCAUGAAAAUGGCAAGGAAGAAGAGACUGGUUUAAUGUAUCACACAAUAUUUGAUGAAUUUUUACUGAAGUGUAGUCCUCUUGAAAAACAGGUAGCUCAGUCUCAGAAUGAUUUUUUGAAGCCUGAAAAGACAUUAAAAACUAAAAUUUAUACAGGCAAAACAAAGAAUCAAAAAGUUGAAAUUAGGGGUUUUUGUGAAAAUGCAAGUGUUCCUAACAAAAUAUUACAGCACAUUGAAAAUCCUGGCACAUUAGCACAGGACAAAGCUUUAGAGACAUUGCUACAACCCUAUAAAGAUUGUCAAACUUCCUGUACUACUUUUGAUGAUUCACAAAUACUUGCCUAUGGACAUUCACAUUCUAAAAGCCUACAAAAUAAUGCUAAUCAAAUCUUAGAUUGUUCUGCUACUCCAUCAGAGUUUUCGGUCAAAGAUAAUGAGUCAGUAGAAGAUAACAGGAUAAGAGUUGUUGAUGGGAAUACCACGAAGAAAGCCUACUUUCACAAUAUGAAAGGAGAAUGUCCUGAGUCCAUGACAAAUGCAAAAAGGGACAUACUUACAGUUAAUCAGAUGGUAGAUGUUAGCACAGAUUUUAGGGCUUGCUUCACAACCAGCACAGCAACCAAUACAAGAUCUUCUGUGGUAUCUACGUCAAGCAACACGGAAAUAACAAUGAUGAAUAAGGAACAGCCUAAUAAAUGGCCCAGUGAGAUGCAAAGUGUGGCUUGCAAUACAGACUGGUCAUACAAUCAAGAUAAUGAAAAUUCUCAGAUGCUUACGUCAAAUGAGUCAUUGGGAAAAUCUCUCUCAGUUGACAGUUUGAAACCUAACGGAAAUUUUCUUAAGAGUUCACUAGAAUUAAGAAAAGCAUGUGAUCACACAGACUUCAAGAAACAUCCCAAAGGGGAAUUUGAACUUGCUAAAGAGAUGGAGAAGGAUUUGCCUUCAAAUUGCUGUCAGAAAAUAAUUCAGAGAGCCAUGAAAGCAGAAUUGCACCUUUUACAUAUCCACUACCAGAUGUGUCAUCGCCAUUGUAGUGAUAUUUACCAACUUGUAAUGGAAAAUAGAGAAGUAUUAAAUAGGCAUUUAUUGAGUGAUUCUACUAAGAAGGAAUUAGGAGCAGUACUACUCUCGGUUUUGGGCGACCUAAAAAUUCGAUAUAUGAAUCUGAAAGAAAAGAUCAAGGAGGGCAUUCCCUUGGAAGAGAUGCCCCCACUCUCAAUUGAGACCAAAUUACUAGCUGCCUUCUCUUGUUUUGCUUUCAGGCUAAUGAAAGAAGACUCAUACAUCUUUCUAGGAGCAGAUUGUGAACUUGAUCAUCAAAGCACAAGCGAUGUUGAUAUUUCAUCAAGCCUAAAAAACACAGUCUCUCAAAUGUCUGUAGUAUCUGACAAUAGUAAUGCUAUACAGAAUAGAUUACCCAAGGAUGACUUUAAAAAUGGCGAGAUAGACGUAGACUUGAGUCAACUGAAACUUGAAGAUAAAGGCUGUAAAAAUGAUAGAGGUUUAACUGAAGAUUGGUUUGAUGCUAGAGAGAACCUGACAGGAACCGACUUUUCAGAAAUUCAAGAAAAUCAAAUAGAACAAGACAAAGGACAUCUGGAACUUACACAAGAAAUGAAGAACAUUGAACCCUUACGAAGAGACAAAGGUUAUUUGAUACAUGUUGGUAGUCUCUGCCCUUCAGUAUCUGAGGCCGAUUUAAGGGCUUAUUUUCAGAAAUAUCAAGUUUGUGAAAUUUCAAUUGAUGAUUCUUCUAAUUACAGAUAUGCAUCUCUUACUUUUAAAAAAAGUAAUGAUGCAAAAACUGCUGUGAAAGAAAUGAAUGGGAUAAAAAUCAAUGGAAAAGCAGUGAAUGUGCGACUUGUUAAAACUCCCGGAGAAUACCCAUCACCACUUUUAUUGAAAAAUGGAAACCGAGUUAGUGUGAAUAAUCUGGAGAACAGCACCUGUAAAGAAUCAAAGCCUGUCUCCUCUAUUUCUCGACUGGCGAGAACGAGACCAAGGCAUCUGGUGUCAGAGCAAGACAAUGAGCUUUUCCCUUUUGAGCAGAAAAAGGGUCUCAAGAAGAAUUGUAAGCAACUAGAAUCUGCCAAAUUAUUGCCAGAUGUGCCUAUUCCAUUCAUACCUCCAAAUACAUUGAACCUACGCAGCUUUACUAAGAUCAUUAAUAGACUAGCUGAACUUCAUCCAGAAACUGAGAGAGACCAUAUUAUAGAUGCACUACAAGAAGUGCGAAUAAAUCAUAAAGGUUUUCUAAAUGGCUUAUCAAUUAACACUAUUGUGGAAAUGACUGCGUCUGUUUUGAAAAAGUCUCCCUCCAGUUAG